CUAGUAAAUUUUUAGCACGAAAGGAAGUUUAUUUUAGAGAGGCUAGUGCAUUUUCACACACAUCUCAUUGAGGACACCAGGACCGAAGAAACCACAUAAUCAGACGUCUGAUUUUAGGAGACAGAUGCUGAUUGUGACUAUUAAAGAGAAAGACUUUAAACCAGCACCUGUUCAUUCACCUGCGCUUCUGUCUGGAACAUACUGUUGACGUCUGCUCGAGCUGAAAACGGAAUCUGAAAAAGAAAAUCCGGAGAAAUAAAUAUUAAGAAAACGUCGUUGAAAAGAUUGCCAAUCAUCUUUAAGAGAUGUUUGAGAAACAGCCCUACGAUAGUCCACCUAGGUACAGCCCACCUACCAAUGGCUUUGGACCACCGGGGAGCUUUCACAACCCACGGAGUGAAUUCGAUCCCUACCCUCCACCUCCAGGAUCUUACUAUUUGGGCGAGGAGGUGCCGCAAAAUUUCUACAAGUGGUUCUCCCCUCCGGGAAUUGUGAAGAUUAUGGUAGGGAUGGUUAUAAUCCUCUGCCUCGGAAUCUUCGCUUGCGUGGCUUCUACUCUAGUUUGGGACAUGCAGUAUGGAUACGGCAGUUAUGGAGGUUCCUAUGGUUCCGGAUAUCCUGGAUAUGGGUACGGAAGUGGGUACGGAUACGGAAGUAAUUCUGGAUACGGAAGUGGCUAUGGCUACGGAAGCUAUUACAAUUCUUACCCAACUCCCUACUCUGCAAAAACCAGCAUGAUCGCCAUCGCCGCCAUAAACUUUAUCAUCUGUUUGGGGUUCUUUGUAGCCUGCUUCUCCAAAUCGAGCACUUUCCGUAGUAGAAAAUUCUACCUGGUGGUGCUUGUCGUUAGUGCUAUAAUGGCAGUAAUUCAGGGAAUAAUAAACAUUGUGUACAUUGUAGGAGUGAACCCUAUGGCCCAAAGCUCCUCUAGCAUGUACUACAACCCCAUGAUCGUGAUGUGUCAGAAUCUCUACGGCAGCAGUGUGACUGGAAUGGGUGCAGGUUUUCCUGGCUAUAACCAGUACUUGUAUCACUAUUGUUACGUGGACCCUCAGGAGGCAGUUGCAAUGGUUUGUGGUUUCAUGGUUGUGUUUGCGCUGGCCGUGGCUGCUUUCUUCUCCUAUAAAACCAGAAGUAAAAUUUGGCACUAUGGAAAACCAAACAUCCACUGGGAUAAACCGCUGAUAGCAGGAACUGAAGGAAGAGACGUUGAGGAUUGGGUCAACCAUGUACAGGAUGGACAGAGCGUGCACGAGCCGUCUGUGGUCUUUUCAGAAAAAAUGACUCCGGUUCUGGUAUCGGCCCCCAGCGUGGGCUCCAUUCCUCACAAGACUGCCAGUGUCUUCAGUUCUGAGACCCACAAUAUCAACAGUUAUUCUGAGCGGACUUUCAGUCGUCCAUCUAAUUCUACAUCUCCGUAUGGAGAGAUGAGCUCCAGCCCCUCGGAUCAGACAGACACCAUCCGCAAACCAUCUGCCAACAGAAGCAAGAAACGCCGCAAGAACCCUGAGCUGGAUGAAUCCCAAUAUGAAACCGAGUACACGACAGGGGGAGAAAAUAAUGAUUUGGAUAAGGAUCUAUGGAUACGCUUGUAUCCUGAGAUUACUUCUGAUGUCCAGCGACACGAGUAUAAGAAAGAGUUUGACUCUGAUCUCAGAACCUACAAGGAACUGUGUGCUGAAAUGGACGACAUCAAUGAUCAAAUAAACAAACUCAGCAGAGAGCUGGACACACUGGAUGAGGGCACUUCAAAGUACCAGGCUGUAGCAGAGGAAUACAAUCGUCUUAAAGACCUUAAACGGAUACCAGAUUAUCAAAACAAGAAGCUCCAGUGUCGCAAACUACGUCACAAGCUUUUCCAUAUUAAGCAGAUGGUUAAGAGCUAUGACCGUGAUCACGCAUAAUAAGCUCCAUUACACCAAUCAACACUCCUGUAUUAAACUGUGCAAGGGCGGCCAUGACGAAAACUGCAAACGUGUGACCAAAGUUGCCCGAAUCGUAAACUGCACCUGGUGCUUAUGAUUAACUUUAACCCUGAAGAUGGUUGCCUUGAAAGCAUAAUGCAGGGAUUGCAUUCAGCCUUCAUUUCACAUGCACUGGACAGGGAAGUUAUUCUAUUACUUGGAAUCUGUUUUCCUCACAGUCAGUGCAUUCCUACUGUAUAGCCUUGUAAAAUGCAAUGAAGCAUUAAAAUAAUGUUUUAAUGUUGCUUGUGUUUAAUAUGGGUGUGAAUGCUAGUGUCAAGGUCAGCUGAUUGCAGUGGUGCAUUUGUUCAAUGGAGGAAAUGUACUUUGGACAAUCUUCUCUGACCGAGUAAUUCUACCUGCUAUAACAUCUAUGCAAUUAGUUUCCUUGUCGUAUUUGUGUUAUUAUGUGUUGUUGAUAAAUGUCAAGGUGUAAUUGCUGAGGC